UCGCCCCCCUUUCGGCUUCCACCUUUACUGAACUUUUUAAUCGUGUUGUUGGAAGGGGGAGGUGGCUCAAGGCGAAACAAACGCGCCCGCUAGGUUCUUUCUUCGGCCGCUUUUGGUUUGCUUUUUGGCUUUUGGUUUGUUCGUUUAUUUUGGCAAGUUGGCCAUGUGGACGCCUUGCAAGCCGAAGCUGUCAAACUGCGAAGUUUGGUUGCAAAGCUUAGGGCAAGCAGGGAAUCAAAAGUGCAAAGAUUGGGGCAAAAGGCCAAUCGCGUUUUCCAAAGGCUGGAAUCAGCAAGCGGAGCCCAUGGAUCAACAAUGCUCCUCACAACACCCAAGGGAGCUUUUUGCCAGGAAAGAAAUUGGGGUCUUUUGUCAAGAGCAGCCUAGGAUUGGAAAUCCAUACCUGGAAGAUGCUUUUCUUCAGGAUUACUUGAAAUCACACCUACCCACUGAGGUAUUUGCUGACGUAAGUUUAGACCUUGAACAGUUUGGGGCUCGAGUGAAGGAUGAAAUUGAUCUCCUGGGACGUGAGUGUGAGUUAAACCCUCCACAACUUAAGCAGUUCGAUGCCUGGGGGCAGCGUGUGGAUGAAAUUAUCACCUGCCCAGCCUGGAAGAGGAUGAAGGAGAUCUCGGCUGAGGAGGGGCUGAUUGCUGAGGCUUAUGAGAGGAGAUACUCUAACUGGAGCCGCAUUCAUCAGAUUGCCAAACUGUACCUUUUCGCACCUUCUUCUGGUACUUUUUUAGCUCCUCUGGCCAUGACUGAUGGAGCAGCAAAAGUAAUAGAGUCCUUAGGUAUCCCCAAACCCCUCAAAGAAGUUUUUAUCCACUUGACAUCACGUGACGCUGCCAAAUUCUGGACUUCUGGCCAGUGGAUGACUGAACGGAGAGGGGGCUCUGAUGUUGCUCGUGGCACAGAGACAGUAGCCCUGGAACUCCCUGAUGGCAGCUACAGUCUCCAUGGCUUGAAAUGGUUUACUUCGGCCACCGAUUCAGAUAUAACUUUGACACUGGCAAGGAGCAUGACUGCUGAUGGACAAAUACAGCAGGGCUCCAAAGGUCUGUCUCUGUUCUACCUGAAGAUGUGCGAUGAGGAAGGGAAGCUGAAUGGGAUUGAGAUACAACGGCUGAAAGACAAGCUGGGCACAAGGCAACUGCCGACCGCAGAGCUCCUCCUAAAUGGAGCCAAGUCACUCAAGAUCUCUGCAGAGGGCCGGGGUGUGGCUUCCAUUGUAAACAUGCUGACCAUCACUAGGAUCCACAAUGUCAUUGGUGCAGUUGGGUACAUGAGAAGAGUGAUCACCCUGGCAAGGGAUUAUGCCACCAAGAGGGAAGCCUUUGGAAAACCCCUGAAGGCUCACCCUUUGCACAUGCAGACUUUGGCUCGAAUGGAGGUGCAAGCUCGAGGAGCAUUCCUGCUGAUGAUGGAGAUAGGGAAAUUGCUUGGACUGGAAGAAACCAAGAAGGACACUGAACAAGACCAGCACAUGCUUAGGCUGCUGACGCCUGUUGCCAAACUUUACACUGGGAAACAAGCUGUUGCGGUUACCUCAGAAGGGCUGGAGUGUUUUGGAGGGCAGGGCUACAUGGAAGAUACAGGCCUGGCAGGAAUUUUACGGGAUGCCCAGGUGCUAACUAUCUGGGAAGGAACAACCAAUAUCCUCUCUCUGGAUGUUCUGCGCUCCCUAGUCAAGAGCCAAGGAAAAGUGCUGAAUGCAUUUUUCUCUACUGCCCAGGCCAGGUUGAAGGUGGCGCUUAGCGUCUCUGAACUGGAAAUUUCUGUGCAAAUAGUUCAAAAUGAUCUCCACAAACUCAAACAGUUCACUCAGAAAAUAAGCUUAAAGGGGGAAGCCGGGAUGCAGCUGUCUGCAAGAGACUUUGCCUAUGCUCUGGCACGGAUCUAUGGAGGAGUUCUCCUGCUGGAAUAUGCUGCCAGGCCGAAUGCUUCAGCCACAGACAUCUAUACUGCUCAGAGAUGGUGUCACCAAGACAUGUGCCCAGUGGACAGUGAAGACAAAGCUGGGUCUUAUAGCACUGGAGCAGCUUCUCUGGAUACUUCCUUGGUUUAUGACAAACACCCAGUUCUGAAAGGAAGACUGUAAGAAGGAAGGCAGAAGAGAUGCCAUGCACUAUCCUGGAUUAAAGAAGUUAGUGGGGAGAGAGACAGUUCUGAUACAAUAAAAAGGUAUUGCUUACCCUGAAGUAAGCUGGCAAAGACUGCUGUAAAUAAAAGUAGAAAUUUGAGAAACAAACAGUCUUUGUCACAAAACACUG